UUUAUUGCUCUAGUUGAAUCUUGGGUUGCCUGUAGCAUUAGAAUAGAGAACACUUAAUAUCCAGCUUUCAUAAGUGACUGAAAGGCAUACGUCCAAAGGUAAUUUAGUCAAUAGUGUUGCUAGACUACUUCGUGGGUUUUGUGUCAGCAAAACUCGUUUUUUUUUUAAUAAAAAAAAAAACAAUUAUCACACUCCAUUGUUAUUCUGUCAGAGUAAAGGUCCGUGCAAAAUGCAAUGCGAUGUUUUAAAAAAAAACUAAUAAGGUACGUUCGUGUAUCCAUGAAAAGUGAAUUCAAAAAGGAAUUCCAAGUCCCCAUUUCUUUCCGCUUUUAGGUCUUGUGUUUACGUAGGCUGUCAAAAAGAAAAGAAAAAAAUAUAAAAAGGUUUUCCCUAAUGCAAACCCGCUUGCAGCCACUCUGGCAGACAGGUCCGGUCACGGCUCGCUUGAGCGGGGUGUCGUCCGCAGGAGGGCGGGGGCGUAGUGGGAGGACACUGGGGUGUUCCUCCAGUAAAGGUCCGGAAGGGGAUGAACAGGAAGAUUAUUGCUACCAAGUCGGGAGGGAAGAGGUAGAAGGCGGUGUUCAUUUUCAUUUAUUUUUAUUUUUUAUUUUGCCUCCCCGCUGCUCAUUUCACGGGUCGUUUACGUUUUGUACAGCUGACGGCUCUUUAACGCGGACCAAAGCCCGCUGCUUUGCGCCAGCGCACUCUGGCGUGGCUCAGCCCGAACUUCCUGUCGAGUAGAGCAGGGUAAAGGGGAGCAGGGUGUCGCGGAAAAGCCAGCUGUGUCUGGAAGGGAAGAAGCGACCUCCCGGACGAAAAUCCACGCCUGUAAAAGUCUGUGUGUGUUUUUAAACUACGUCGGCUCUACACCGAUGCCAGUGACAGCGCGGUUUCCGUCUUGCGCGGGGAUUUAAUGGGACCUCUGCGUCGGUAGGUCGUUUUUUCUCCCCCCGACGACGGACCCCUCGCAUCGGGCGCUGUCCUCACCGGGGGGGUUCGUUUAGGGAGGAGGUCUCCCGGUCCCCACCAGACACUCCGUCUGACUUUGUGGAAACGCAGCAUGGCAGGAAAUUUGAAGAAAGGUGGUGGUCUCAUUGGCAUGAUGAAGGACGCUUUUCAGCCUCACCAUCACCUACACCACUCCCACCACCAGCCGGGGGCCGUGGACAAAAAGACGGUAGAGAAAUGCUGGAAACUUAUGGACAAGGUGGUGCGAUUAUGCCAGAACCCCAAGCUUGCCCUGAAGAACAGUCCCCCGUACAUCCUGGACCUGCUACCAGACACCUACCAGCACUUACGCACCAUCCUGUCCCGCUACGAGGGCAAGAUGGAGACACUGGGCGAUAACGAAUACUUUCGCGUCUUCAUGGAGAACCUGACAAAGAAGACCAAGCAGACCAUCAGCCUCUUCAAGGAAGGCAAAGAACGCAUGUAUGAGGAGAACUCCCAGCCAAGACGGAACCUGACCAAACUCUCGCUGAUCUUCAGUCACAUGCUGGCCGAGCUCAAGGCCAUCUUCCCCAAUGGCUUGUUCCAAGGCGAUAACUUCAGAAUCACCAAGGCAGAUGCAGCAGAGUUCUGGAGGAGAUCAUUUGGUGACAAGACCAUAGUGCCGUGGAAGAUAUUCCGACAGGCCCUGCAUGAGUUCCACCCAAUCAGCUCCGGCCUGGAGGCCAUGGCAACUCAAGUCCAACGAAUUGACCUCACCUGUAAUGACUACAUCUCUGUGUUUGAGUUUGACAUCUUCACCAGGCUCUUUCAGCCGUGGUCAUCUCUGUUGCGGAACUGGAACAGCCUGGCUGUGACUCACCCAGGCUACAUGGCCUUUCUCACCUACGAUGAGGUCAAAGCUCGACUGCAGAAGUUCAUCCACAAGCCUGGCAGCUACAUUUUCAGGCUGAGCUGCACACGCCUGGGCCAGUGGGCGAUUGGCUACGUUACCGCAGACGGGAACAUUCUCCAGACCAUCCCCCACAACAAGCCCCUCUUCCAGGCUCUCAUCGACGGCUUUCGGGAAGGAUUCUAUCUGUUCCCUGACGGGCGCACUCAGAACCCUGACCUCACAAGCCUCUGUGAGCCCUCACCGCAAGACCAUAUCAAAGUCACCCAGGAGCAGUACGAGCUCUACUGCGAAAUGGGCUCCACUUUCCAGCUGUGCAAGAUCUGCGCCGAGAACGACAAAGAUGUGAAGAUCGAGCCGUGCGGUCACCUCAUGUGCACGUCCUGCCUUACGGCGUGGCAGGAGUCGGAGGGCCAGGGAUGUCCUUUCUGCCGCUGCGAGAUCAAGGGCACCGAGCCCAUCGUGGUGGACCCCUUCGACCCCAAGGACAACAGCGGUAGCUCCUACGGGGGUUGCAGGAGCAUGUUUGGGGCAGAAGGGGCUCCCUCCCCCAGCUAUGACGACGACGAUGACGACCGGCUUGAGGACCCUCACCUCAUGAUGAGCAAGUUAGCUGGCACUAAAGUGGAGAGACCUCCAUCCCCGCUGUCAGCAGCUCCUCAUUCCAGUUUGCCCCCUGUGCCCCCACGUCUAGACCUGCUGAACCAGCACCGACCGCCCAACCCCCCAGGGGCCUCCAGCCCAGGGGCCACAUCAAAGGCUCCUUCCCACCACAAGGACAAGCCAUUACCGCUGCCCCCAGCUCUGCGGGACCUGCCCCCGCCCCCUCCACCAGACCGCCCCCACCCCGCCGCGCCUGAAGGUCGGCUCCAGAGACGCCCGCUGCCCUGCACGCCUGGCGAACCCGCCCGUGACAAGCUGCCUCCUGCUCCACCCAACCGCAACGUGUUGGACUGGAACCCCCGCCCCGUGCCCAAAGCGCCCUCCCAGUCACCCGCUGCAGGAGUGGACUCGCGCGGGGUACGCGAGCUGUCCAACCGCCACUCCCUUCCGUUGGCACUGCCCUCGGCCCUGGACACCCGGUCAGACGCCCAGAGGAACAACAGUCUGGACCACCAGCUGAGCCUUGGCGCGUCAGCCUCAGGUGGAGCCGAUUACGACAACCCCAAAGUGAAGCCCUCUGCCUCGGCCAAUGCCAUCUACUCCCUGGCAGCCAGGCCUCUCCCUGCGGUGAAGCGUCUGACAGGAGAGGACGGAUGCGAGAGUGACGAGGACUCUGACUACAUGAGCCCCAGUUCUCGCCCCGUGCUGCCCACUGUGAGCCCCUCCCUCGGGGAGGCAGUGCCCAGACCCCCCCAGGCGUCUCUCAACUCCAGGCCCGUGCACAGUGACAUGGACUCCGAGGGCCCGCAGAUGUAUGAAGCCAUGUACAACAUACAGGCCCAGGCACUCACAGCCUCCCUCUCGCACCAGGCCAGAGACUCAGACUACUCCGAGCUACCGCCGCUGGUGAGCUCCAACGGGCCCCGCGAGGCCGAGCGUGAGGAGGAGCAGGUAGAGGAAGAGGAGGAUGGCUACGACUUCCCCAAGCCCCCCCUGCCUGUGGGGAGGCGCCCGCUCUCCGAGGUGGCCAGCUCUUCGGCAGCGUUCCACCGUCUCUCCAUGGACAGCGAGCCCGGCACGUCAGCAUCAAUCGACUCGGCCGAGGCUCCGGAGCGUCCCCCCAAGCCCCUACCACGCCGGAUCAACUCGGAUCGCCGGCCCAGCCCCGCGCCGUCGGGGCCGGCUCCCGGCAACCCGCAGAUGAGCAGCGAGAUAGAGCUCCUGAUGAGCCAGGGCUACUCCUACCAGGACAUCCAGAAGGCGUUGAUGAUCGCGCAGAACAACAUCGAGAUGGCCAAGAACAUCCUGCGCGAGUUUGUGUCGGUGCCCUCCACGGCGCACAUCCUCACGUAGCCUCACCUCUCACCCGAGCCCCGGCUGCGUCUGCAUCGGACCGGAGACCUCACCCUGCGUUUAGCCCCACCCACACGUCCGGGGAGUGCCUACCUGCCACCCUCUGACCGUUGCUCCGGCACGGUGUGACGCCGGCCUACUUCGGCUAAGGCCACGGCUCGGUGCCCCACGUACCCGCCCGCGCGAGUGCGUUUCCUGGAGUUCGUCUCGAGGCAUUUGCAUGUCCCCUGAGGCUUUAAGUCAGACUCGAGCAAGGACAAGAAAUAAACUAUUGUGUGUUUUAUAAUUUAAUAUAUAAGUCUGCAUACUGAAAAUAGUUAAUAUAUACACUUGUAGGGUGGAGAGGGGUUGGAGCAGCUGCAGGGUGGGAGUGGCAGAGGCAGCAGCAUCCUCCUCCUUACGACUGUUCUCUCAACCACCAGGCAGACAUGCAGACACCUGCAGCUAAACAUUUUGCUGAUGUCAAAAAUGGCCUUUAAUUGUGUUGCUUUGGUACUUUCUAGAGACUGUGUGCGUGCGUGCGCGUGUGUGUUUUCUCUAAAGUAGCAUGGCAUGAGUGAUUAGUCCCCAGACCACAAUCUGCUACUUCAGCUUCCUGUGCUUGCGGUGGCAUCCUUGGGAUACUGAUCUGAAGUUGGGCAUCAGUAAUCCGUGGUCGCUGGAGUUUUCUCCGUGUGCGUGUGCGUGUGCGUGUGUGUGUGUGUGUGGAGCACUAGAGCUGUGUGAAGUCACUGGACGGUGACGCUUUGUAAUUGGCUUUAACCAACAUUAAUCACCUGCACUGCCUAUGCUGUUGUGUAGCAUUACUGUAAUAGAUAUACGUUUAGCUUCAAGAAAGUUCUGUGAAACUCUGAAUUCGAUGUUACAACCUCUCUUUUGACUCCAUUAAUAUUUUACAUGGUGGCAGAUAGUGAAACAGGUCAUGAGUGUAAUUUUAGGAUCCAGGUAGAAUUUCAACAUGUCUGUUAAAUGCGUUCUGACCCAGGCUUGUGUGUGUUGUAAACUUUAGCCUGUCUGUGCGACGCAGAAUCACAGCCUGAUGUAAAUGUGCUUCUCAUAAAGGCACUGUGCUCUACCACACGUGGUGUUGUACACAAGCUGAGCUCUCGCUCGGUGAUGGUGACGUCUGGCUUUGUGAGAAGGACGUGCUUGCUAGUCCAGACCAGCCCCCUGGCCAGCUUUCUGUCUUGAACUGGGACUGAAAUUGCUCCCAUUUUGGCAUGAGUUUGGCUUUUAUCUGAAGCUGUUCAUCAAAGUGAAAUCAUUGAUCACUUUAAUAUUAUUAUUAUUAUUAUUAUUAUUAUUAUUAUUGUUGUUGUUGUUGUUGUUGUUGUUGUUGUUAAGGCAUUAAUGUUCUUGUUUUUAUUAUUAAUUCAGAAGUGCUUUACUGCUGCUACUAUUGUUAGUGCUAAACAAUUAAGCCUUAAAUGUAUAUUUGUGAAUAUUGUGUUUAACCUAUUUUAAAGUGACAGUAUCUGUUCAGUUUAAUUUGAUUAUGUAGCAUACUUGAAAUUCCUACCAGCUUGUGGGACAGGCUGGCUUCUGUGUUGUUUUUUCCUCUCUCUCUCCCUAUCCCUCUCCCUCUCUCCACCCUGUCGUCUGUUGAUGACGUAGAUCGGUGUAAAGAUGUGCAGAUUCGCCGUUCUUUUUCGUGCUGGUGUUGGUGUUUGGCGUGAAGUCAACCUUACUCACCCCGCGGUUGGGCCUGUCCAGCGCACGCAUUCACUUGUCCACCCCGUUUUCCAGGCCGUGGGAGUAGUUGAGUGGUGGCUCUUUCGGCCGAGUCCUCCCCAAUCUCUCCCUCUUCUCAGGAAUGCCGUAAGUCUAAACAGCCUCUGUCAGUAUUGUACGAGCAGUGAAAUGUUGAACUAGUACCGAUGUUCUCUUGUUCAGGGCAGGCGCCCUGAACCACUACCUUUAGGUCACUCUUUGAUGUAGUAAUUUCGCAGAACCUUACAACUGAAGUGGUCAGGUGUACUCCGUCAUGGGGGGCAGUUGUUUGGGGCAGUGGUCCGUCUGGGUCAGAGUGAGCUGUACUGGCCAUGUGUGAGGUGAGGGUUAAGACGGACCUACUUAUCUUAUUGUCAACCCUAACUUUAAUCCUUAUUGUCAAGUAGUUAUUGGUUGUCAGUAUGUGAUCCUUGAUGCCUCUCUGUGUUCAGCAUGUGGGAGGGUUUGGGUGGGUGGGGGGUGGUCUGUUUUCCCUAAAAUAUUGCACAGGCAUUGCAGGUACUUCCACAAUAUGAAGCUUGUAGGUACAUUAAUCCUGUUGAACUGAAAGAAACAUCUACCCAGUUUCCCAGAUGAUAUACAACCUUGAAUCAUUUUAACAGAUUUUUACUCCAUUUGCGCUCGACACAAAUGUUGACCGUUUUAUUGUGUAGUUCAUGUUUUAAUUGCAUCAUGUGAAGUAAGGGUUCUUUUUCUCACCAGGACUGUUGGAUUCGUUUCAUUCUGAUUACUGUAUUUCUUGUCGAUAUUGUAUAUCUAGUGGGCGUGAGCCUCUGCACACUUGUGCGUGUUUUACAAUACUUCGCACAAUACACCAAUUUGUGCUACGAUACUGUCACUUUAAAAUCAAUUGUAUAAAGUUACUUAUAUAGAACAUGUGAAUGGCAAUGUUUUUAUUUCAUUUUGCAUUCCUGUAUAUGUCAGAAUUUGUUUUAAUUAUUUUUUUUUGUGUUUACUGAUGUGAGCAAUACUGUGAGCAGUGCCAUAAGUUUUUAGUAAUGUUGGUUUUGUUCUACUGCCCAGCAUACGGCCUUAUUCCUGUAAUGAGUGAAUGAUCUGUGAUGUUUUGACACAAGCCCAUUGUUCUUCAAUGUUUCUCUAACCUUUUUUCAGUGACAUCAAAACAGUUGACUGGAAUCUCCCGGUUCAGUCCACAAGAGGGAGCGCUUUCCUCAUUUUGCCAUAAUUUCCUUAACUAUUUUAGGGUUUUUUUGUUUUGUUUGUUGUUUUUGUUUUUUUGCUGACUCAUCACAUCAAAAGUAUGCACAGUGCUAUGCUAUUGAAUUAAAUUUAUAGAAAAAAGACAAUGUCCUCAGUCUCUACUUAUAGGUACUCUCAACAUUGAUGGUAAAACACCUGGUACAUUUACCAGUCUGGUGCUGAUAGAUAACAUCCUUGCAGCUAAAUUAAAAGGGACAAAGCGUGUAAAUUUGAGGACAUUACCAGAAGUCAGUGUUAGAACAUAUUUAUUCCAUUUGUCCAUGUGAUGAUCUUUAAAGCGAGAUGCUCGUGAACCUUUCUCGUAACUAGUGGAACAUGGCUUGGUGGUACAGGACUGAAACAAUGGAUUCCUCCUCUCACCCUCUCAGAGAGAGUGAGAGCGAGCGAGCGUGAGUAUCUUGCCAUGCAACUGUGGCUCUGAGAUUUCCUUUCCCUUACUGAUAGUCAUGUUCAUCAUUCAGACUGCCAUCGUUUGCCAGUGCCAUGAUUCUUUUUGAUUUUGAUUUUUUAAAAACUGUGUUCGUCUGAAAGUGGGAGAGUGCGCACCGGCGUGACUUCUGUGAUCUGAACUUGGUACUCUGUAGGUUAGAUCCAGUUACGGCUGGGUGUUUGUUCUUAACCAGGCAGACAUCUGGCUACACAGUGUCAUUUAGAUUUAAAGGGCACAAUAAUGCCAAAUAUAUUUGGUGAUACUGUAUAAAAUGGUGAUAUUUCAGUACGAGCAUACAUGGAAGUUUGGCCCACUAAGGUACACUUUAGAGAAAGAAAUAUUCUGUCAAACUGAACAACUGUAAGAAUGAAUCCCUCAAUCAUAAAGCAGGUGUGUACAAUUAAACGUCUUGCUGUGAAGGCUCAGCAGUAUAUACAAACUGGAAACCAGUGGGGUGCAAAGCAACAGAGACCAUUCCCUCUUCCAGAAGUAGUUCACAUGUAGAGGGGUGUGUGUUUGUGUUUCGUUUCAUUUGUAAAGAAAAAAAGACUAAUGUUAUUUAUUAAUGUUGAUGUACUCCAACCCAGAGAUCCUUCCUUCAUGAAGUCAUUUUAAUUUUUGAAUUUAUACAUGUUAUUAAAGCAAUUUUGAAUAAACGGAUAGUAGUUGA